CAACACCCUUCCUACAAACACUUUCCUCUUUGAUUCACCUUAACCUACGCAUCAGGCUCAUAGUAGCAACCACAUCUCCAUCCCAACCUUUUCUUGUUCCAUUCCCUGUAGCUAUGAGGCCUGCCUCGCUAUCUUACGCCGGGUUUGAAGAACCCCAUUUUCUUGAAGCUUGUCAUCUUUGCUCCAAAUCACUGGGUCAUAACAGUGACAUCUUCAUGUACAGAGGGAACACCCCAUUUUGUAGCCAAGAAUGCAGACAAGAACAGAUUGGAAUUGAUGAGGCAAGAGAGAGGAGAUGUAGAAGAGUUUCCAAGAAAUCAACAUCAGAAAUCAAGAAAUCUUCAACUAUACAGUCUGAAACACUUCUUGUGGCUUGAAAACUUAUUAUUAUAAUUAAUUUUUAUAAAAUAUUAAUGUGAAAUUAAUUAAGAGUCAUAAACCCAACUCUGGUCAUGAAGUUAAAUGGUGAAUGUAUCAUGUAUGAGAAAUUUGGUGUUUGUAAAGAACCUGUGAAAUGUUAUGAAGAAAUAGAACAUGGAGGCAUGAGAAAGGGUUGGGCCUUCAUUGUUUAUUUAAUGAUUUUAUAUUGGAAAUUGUGAGUGAUCACCAAUUGUUA